AUGACAUCGUUUCCCACCAUCUCUUGGAAUGCACCUUGUCAUCGUUGCAUGCUAUCAUACCAGUUGUUGCUUGGAAACUAUUGCUCGAAAAAGCCAUACUUGGGUCCAACGGCCAACGACACAGGUCUUUCUCCGCUUGCUCAUUGGAAGUUUGCAGUGUGCCACCUUCAAGCUUCGCCUAGCAACAGCCAAGCUAUCCGUCAUCGACAUUACCUAAGCAUGCCUACCUUGGCACUGACCGACUUCAACAUUGUCUGCGCGACCUUGGGAGGCUUCAUCACUGUCUUCGGUUUGGUGUCGUAUCUGCUGAAAGAGAAGUUUUACCUAUCCGAAGCGCGUACGUCCACUUGCCUUCGAUUCUCGACAAGCUCGCACGCACGCAAGCACGCUCAAUCUGACCAUGCACCUCUAGUCAUCUCCCUCCUCGCAGGCGUCAUCUUCGGUCCUCAUGCCACCAACCUUAUUAAACCAGAAGAAUAUGCACUCCAAGAUCCGGAAGUUGUCGAGACAAUCACCCUCUAUUUUACCCGUCUAGUUCUCGGUGUUCAGCUUGUCCUAGCAGGUGUGCAACUCCCGUCGAAGUACCUGAAAACAGAAUGGAAAAGUCUUGCUUUCCUUCUUGGUCCCGGCAUGACAGUCAUGUGGCUUGUCACUAGUCUUUUGGUUUUUGCUUUCGUCCCGCAUAUCAGUUUUUUGCAUGCUUUAGCUGUGGGCGCGUGCGUUACGCCUACGGACCCCGUCCUGUCCAAUUCCAUUGUAAAGGGCAAGUUUGCGGAUAAGAAUAUUCCAAAAGAGUUGCAGAAGAUUAUUGUUGCGGAGUCGGGCGCGAAUGAUGGGCUUGGUUAUCCGUUUCUGUUCUUGCCGCUCUAUUUGAUUCAGCAUAUUGGGCAUGGAGGCCAAGCUCAAGAUGGUAGUGCAAGGAACGCGGUGGGUCUAUGGUUUGGAGAGACUUGGGGAUAUACGAUCUUGUUGAGUAUCUUGUAUGGUGCGACAGUGGGUUGGAUAGCGAAGGAGCUCUUGCAUUGGGCGGAGGAAAGGAAGUAUGUCGACCGAGAGAGCUUCCUGGUGUUUGCGAUUACGUUGGCGCUCUUCAUUGUCGGUACGGUUGGCAUGGUUGGGAGUGACGACGUUCUGGCAUGCUUUAUUGCUGGGAAUACUUUUACAUGGGACGACUGGUUUCGACUAGAAACAAUGGACGAUUCUUUCCAGCCCACAGUCGACAUGCUCCUCAAUGUCUCAGUCUUCAUCUGGUUUGGCGCCGUAUGCCCAUGGUCCGAAUUUCACCACAACAGCGUUAUUCCAAUUUACCGUCUCAUCUUCCUUGGAAUCCUAGUACUGCUACUCCGUCGGCUACCCAUCGUCUACGCACUCCGAAAAUGGAUACCUCAGAUCGAGCAAAAGCGGCAGGCGUUCUACGUUGGCUUCUUCGGACCCAUCGGCGUGAGCGCCAUCUUCUAUCUUUAUAUCAGCCUCGAGUUCCUGCGCAAGAUCAGAGUGGACGGCGAAAUCAGACAAGAUGCAAAAUAUCUCAUGGAAGUCAUGAACACAGUAAUUUGGUUUCUGACCAUCUGCUCUAUUGUUACACACGGUCUCAGUAUCCCCAUGGCCAAACUCGGCUUCUUCAUCCCUCGCACCUUGUCGCGCGCCCUGUCCUCCCAGCGCGAGGAAGACCCCCAAUCAUUUCACAUCCAAAACAACUUACAAGACGCAACGACUGAUGUUGAGCUUAGACUUCGUCGACGUGGGCCUGGCUGGUCACGCAAUGCAGGUGACUCAUUGCCUCGCCGCGUUGUCCGAAUCGGUAGGUCCAUCAUCAGUUCGGGCACUAGUCCAGACGAGCAAUCGAAAGCGCCAUCGAUGCCGUUGGCCGUGGUACCGUCGGUGGUGAUGGCGCAGAACGACCAAGCGCCUUCCUCAACUAUGGCGCCGGAUGUUGUUGUAGCGCAACCUGCGCCGACGACUCAGAGGAUUCGGUUCCCAGAUGAGGAGUGCAAUGCAGAUCUUGCAGAGUAG